ACAGAGAGAAACGUUUUUCUCGAACGUUCCCGCUGGUUGUCCCACGGAGAAAACUAAAAAAGGUUCAAACCUUCAAACACAAAGGAAGCAGAGAUAAGCCUCUGACUCUUCGCGGCUGGAAAAUAACAAAACCCGGACUGGAGUAUGGCACUAGGCCUUGUGACUUCGACCAGCUUUCAUUUUAUUUAUUUGUUUUAGGCGGUUUUGGUUCACAACCGGUAAGGAGGAACACUACCCGCCGUUGGACCGCGUAGAGGAAAAGUGGAAUCAACAGAAGUAGACGGAGAUCAUAUACACUCCGACCAUAACAAGAUGUCAGGAUCAUUAGGCGGGAAAUCGCUAGCUGUGACUCAUGGCGCAAAGAUAAAGGCAAGGGAACAGGAUGGCUUUGUCAGAGUGAGGAGAAGUGAUUUAGAGAAGUUAACAACAGAAGUCAUGCAGCUGAGGGAGUUCCUGCCCCGAGUUCUGAAUGGGGACCUGAUAGAAAUGCUGCAUAAAGCUCGAGCAGCUCAGACAAUGAAGGAGCACCUUGCGCAGGAACAGGAGCAGCUGCGACAGGAGUGUCUACACCUUCAGUCCCGAUUGGAUGCGGUGCAGACUGAAUGUCAGAAAGAGAGGGAGGAGAAGCUGUUGUUACGUGAACAGCUGUGGCAGAGCGGAGCAGAGCUGCAGCAGCAGGCAGACUUCUGCUCUGGUCUGGGAUCUGCAGCCUGUAGUCUGCUGUGGAGCUGCUCUUCCAAUGAGGACACGGUCACACGCUGGCUGGCUGAUGGAAAGCUGCAGUCCUUCCUGGCUGUAGCUGCGCAAACUCUGGAGAGUUUUGUCAGGUCUCUGGAUGAGGAGGCAAAAACUCAAACUGAGGACCACAACUCCCAAGAGCACCAGUUUGUGCUUGCUAUGGCUGGAACCGUUACCAACAUAGCAGCUGUAACACGUGGCCGGGACUUCCUGUCAAGCUCUGUCCUACUGGACACCCUCAUGAAGCUGUUGGAGCUGAUGAAGCCUGGCGUCUUCCCCAAACUGAAAGUGUUGAUGUUGAUGGCUCUGUAUAAUGUCAGCAUCAGUGUUAAAGGACUAAAGUGCAUCAGUGAGAACCCAGGACUCCUGCCUCUUAUCUGGACCCUGCUGGACGAUGGAGACUGGGAGGUGUGUCUUCACUCUCUGCGUCUCCUGCAGUCGGUGUUGUUGGAGGAGGAGGUGCUGCUCCUGCUGGGCCCUGCUCUGCUGGAUCCAGACCUCCAUGCUCGUGUCACCCGGCUCACCUCCAGUGCACAGGCCAGCCUGAGACUGGCUGCCCAGCAGACCAUGGAGGACCUGCAGGCCCUCCAACAGGGUCGGGGAUGUAAGGAGAGCAGCCUCUGAUGUGGAUGCAGUAUCUUCAGUCCAGCCCUCCUUCUGUGUUAACUGUCCUUACAAGGCAUAUUACGUCUCUCUGUGAUUGUACACUACAUGUUCAAACUGAUAGGAGUAGAAAUGAAAGAGUUCAUCAAUGUUAAACCUAUUUAUCAAGGUAAAAGCAACAUUUUAAAUCUUUUAUAUCUAAAUUGUAUUAGCUUUUUUUACUAUCAUUGUUCGUUGUUGAGCCUUUUGAUUUGUUCCCAUGUUUAUCGUAAUGCUUGUUGUCCACUUAAUGUGAAUACAGGUUUGUAGAAGACACAUUAAAGAUGACGUUUGCACACUCUCA